AUGACUCCCCGAAACUACAUCCUGGCUGUCUCGGCUGCUCUCUGCAUUGUCACCCUCCUCUGCUCACAUGGAGCCCCAGUGUCUCCCACGGGCACUCAGCUGCUGCUAUGCCAGUCACACACAAGGUGUGGGGACAAGUUCUAUGACCCCCAGCAGCACUGUUGCUACGACAACGCUGUAGUGCCCUUGAGCAGGACCCGAAAGUGUGGGAACUGCACCUUCAGGGUCUGCUUUGAGCAGUGCUGUCCCUGGUCAUUCUCACACCAGGAGACCUUCGUGGUCAAAGUGAGAGGCCAGGCAUGUUCCUUGCCCCGGUCCUCGGACGACAGGGUUUGUUCCAGUGUCAGCUGA